GUUGUUUUCUCAGCUGUCAGGCACGUCAACGUCAGUGGAGUGUGAGUGUGGUCCUUGAUGAGCGAGAAAAUGUUUAUUUUACAGACUUGUAUUAUUGAGUAACUGCCGUUUAUUCCAAAUAAUGGCUGCAAUCGGGUGUCUUGAUAUAAAACAGGACUUAUUUCCAGUGGUACAAAUCCGCGGCAAAUGAAAUGAUGCAUAGUAUGUUCAGCUAGUUACGUGCAAUCCUUGUUUUGGGUGGCGAUGGAGAACCUCAAUGGGGUGAAACCGCGGGCUCGUUCGAAUUCAGCCAGAGUUUUGGUGUUUGAUGAACCUAAACGGGCCAUUGAGAGACCAAAAUGUCCCACACUUGCAGCAGAAUCUAAUUCACCAAGGCAUCUUCACUCAGAUACACAAAAUGUUACCUCCAAUUUGGUUAGGAUAAGGAACUCUACUCUAGGCAAAUCAGCACCAUCACUUUCUUUGUAUUCUAAGGAUCCUGCAUCAGGGAUAAACAGAAGAAAUAGUCGACCAGCUGCAACCCAUAGGUUGAGCCUUAUUGCAAACAGCUCUCCAACAUUGCCAAGAUCUCAUUCACCAAUUUGUGGCAGUCCAAUAGACAGUCCAAGGACUCAUGCUAGCUUCAUUAAUUUCUCUUUCGCUCCAAUCAAAAGGGUUGCUACUGGUUAUCGUGGAGAUGGCAGGAGGUGGUCCGUUGCGUCAUUACCAUCUUCUGGCUAUGGUACCACCCCAGGAAGUUCAAAUAUGUCGUCCAAGUGUUCUAGUCAAGAGAGGUUGCAUCAGUUACCCCAUAUCCCUACUUCGGACGACAUUCGGAUUCUCACUCAUCAUUUUUCAAGCAACGAAAGUAGCACUUCACUAUCUGGGACCCACUUUGAGGAAAAUCAUCAUCAUGGUUCACCAAUGCACCGGCAAAGGUCUAGGAGUUUAAGCAGCCCAAGCAGAUCUCCGGUCGUUGAUAAUGAAAUCUGUAUGAUGAACCUGCUGUACAAGGAGCGGUUUCCCAAAGCUACGCAACAAAUGGAGGAGAGACUGAACAACUUCAUUGAGGAGAAUAACACGUUGGAUAGCUUGGAUUUCGGCGGGGAAUGCGAUUACAUGCCGAUCGUGCGCUUUGUCCAUCACCAGGUGCUUGAAAUGGCCAGAGACUGUCUUCACAAGUCCCAGAACAAGCUCGUUACUAGUCAGUACUUCUAUGAGAUGUCGGAUAACCUGGAGAGGCUACUGAGCGAAACUAAAGAAAAAUCCGAAGAAGCCGCAUCUUUAAUAUCAACAUUUAUCAAAAAAUUGCUUUUGAUAAUAUCACGCCCAGCCAGAUUGCUGGAAUGUUUGGAGUUUGAUCCGGAAGAAUUCUAUCACUUUCUAGAAGCAGCCGAGGGGCAGGUGAAGACAUUGCAAGGGAUACAGUCAGACAUUCCUCAGUAUAUUAUCGAGAAAUUAGGUAUCAACAGAGACCCCAUAGCUGAGCUACAAAACGAACUGCGCGACUACGACUGGGCGAACAAUUCUACAAACUCCUCAGUUGGUUUGAACUACGUACCGAACGUCAAGAAAACACUUUCAAAUCCCAGCGAAAACGAUUUUGAAAUAGUGAAGUUGAUAUCAAACGGGGCUUACGGGGCCGUCUAUCUAGUGAAGCACAAACAGAUGAAACAGCGCUUCGCGAUGAAGAAAAUCAACAAGAACAACCUGAUGUUGAGAAAUCAAGUUGAGCAAGUGUUUGCAGAAAGGGAUAUAUUGAGCUUUGCCGAUAAUCCGUUCGUGGUCAGCAUGUAUUGCAGUUUUGAGACCAAGAAGCAUCUGUGUUUGGUAAUGGAGUAUGUUGAAGGCGGGGAUUGUGCGAGUUUACUCAAGAAUAUUGGCCCUCUUCCUCCGGAUAUGGCCAGAUUCUACUUCGCCGAGACAGUCUUGGCUGUGGAAUACUUGCAUUCAUAUGGAAUAGUGCACAGGGAUCUCAAGCCUGACAAUCUCCUGAUCACAGCGUUGGGGCACAUCAAACUGACUGAUUUUGGAUUGAGCAAGAUGGGACUCAUGUCACUUGCGACAAAUCUAUAUGAGGGGUAUAUCGACAGCGAGGCACGCCAGUUUUCGGAUAAACAAGUAUUUGGUACGCCCGAGUAUAUUGCUCCAGAGGUGAUACUAAGGCAAGGAUAUGGUAAACCCGUUGAUUGGUGGUCUAUGGGCAUCAUUCUCUACGAGUUUCUCAUUGGAUGUGUUCCGUUUUUUGGCAAUACUCCAGAAGAGCUGUUCGCCCAUACAGUUCAAGAUGAUAUCGAAUGGCCAGUAAACGAGGACUGGCCAGUGCAAGAAGAGGCAAAAGAUCUCAUAACAGCUCUGCUUCAGCAUUCGCCAAGAGAUAGGCUAGGAACAGGAGGAGCACACGAAGUAAAAGAACAUGUUUACUUCUUGGGAUUGGACUGGAACUCGCUUCUGAGGCAAAAAGCUGAGUUUGUUCCACAACUUGAGCAUGAUGAAGACACUAGUUAUUUCGAUAGUCGUGCUGAUAGAUACGCUCAUGAAUUUGAAGACGACACUGAUGAUACCGACGACUCACCAGUGUUUGGAUUUUUCUCUUCGUGCACUUCACAGUACAGAAAAGUUUCAAAAUUCAAUUCAGCUACAACUUGUAGCGCGGAUGCUUCGAAUGAUUCUUCGAAUAAUGAAAGCACCCCAGUUCCAAAGCCCAGCAAACUUGCCGAAAUUAAUGAUCUCAAACCCAAAAAUAAAUCGUGCACUAGCUUACAAUCUCUUGUAAAAGAGAAGGAGAAAACUCCCCCGGAUCAGAAAAAGAUCUCCUUGGACUUAUCACUUUGCUCAAUAAGUACUCCAGAGUCAUCCCAAACAGAUAGCGAUGAAGUGUCGCCUCAAAUAAGUAGAAGACGCAAAAAUGGAUACUCUUCCCAGGAGAUAAUGCCGAAGUUUUCUAUAUCUGUCGAAGAUGAACAUAGUAGUUCAGAAACAGGUGUAUCUUCAGAGAAUCGAGAGCUCUCUCCAUUGGGUAGGCUCCAAACUAACUUGCCACUGGUCAAACACAAGUCUAGGUCUGUAGUCAAGAGUGCUUCUGCCUCGGGACUGUCUCUGAUGAUACCAACAGACGAGUUCCAGACCCACGUUAUAAAUUCCCCAGACGCAGAGGGAGGCUCAAGCACAGCUAGUUCAAGAGACACAUCACCUUGUCGUGAAUUGUCUCCUCUAGUAACAAGUCUCCAGCCCCCUAUUAUAAUUGGAAGAGGACCUAAGGGCUUCGGUUUCACUGUUCAUACUAUCAGAGUAUACUAUGGAGAUACCGAUAUUUAUACCAUGCAUCAUUUGGUCAUGGCUGUAGAAGAGGGAAGUCCAGCAUUUGAAGCAGGCUUGAGGCCAGCUGACCUGAUCACCCAUAUAAACGGCGAAACAGUCCAAGGUCUAUAUCAUACCCAAGUGCUGCAACUUCUGCUGGCUGGUCAAGAACAUGUGAGCCUUAGGGCUGUACCCUUAGAGCAAACCUCGAUAAAGACAGGUGGUCGUAAAAGAGAGCCUGGAAAAAGCAAGUUGGCGAAGAGGAGUUUGAACAGACAGAAGAAACAGAAAAGGGAGAGUGAUAAAAAGAGGAAGACUUCGCUUUUCAGGAGAAUCAGCAGCAAAAGGGCCAGCGUUGAGAUGCAACAAUUCUCGAGUAGCCUGCAGUCUCCCGUAAGUGUCACUCCAAGCAGGAGUUUUCAAACCUUCGCCAGAAGUAGCGACAGCAGUUUUUCUGCUUCCACUUUGCGAGGUAGUGCAAAUAGGUCCAGUCUUUCACCUUCCGACUGUUUCGCCCAACAUUCAACGAGCUCGUCUUCCCAGUCUACAUCAACAUCUGGGAAUUCAUCUCCAACGGCCCCUCAACAUUACCAGAGGCCUUCAACUUUGCAUGGCUUGAAGCACAAACUGCAUUCAUCUGCUUGCCCCAAAGCUCCCGGGGCAGUUUCUAACAGGUAUAUUACAAAUCAGCUAAGGAAAUGCGGGAGAGAGUCCAAGAGCUGUGGGGAGUUACAUUGGAAGUUAUAUCAAACGGCUUUAGACGUUGAUCCGGCAAGUUUAGAAAAUAUGCAGAUGAGGAAAUCGGUGGGGCACGUUCCGCUGUCACCACUAGCUCGCACACCGUCACCGUCACCACUCCCGGCUUCCCCAACGAGGUCACCAAGCCCGUUGGCGUUCCCGAUUGGUCACCAGCCAGGCAGUUCGAACACAACACAAUCUUAUAGUCCAGGAGCUGGCUCAGCCCCUAUUGCUGUCACUGCCCAGUCCAAGAAAGGAUUCGUCCGUCCUAAAGGUGCCGAGCCCGGGUCCCCGUUGUUGAGGAGAGCGCUGUCUCCAGAUCGUCUGCAUCCUCGUAGCGCAGAAAACAAAACGAUAUCUCCACUAUGUACCACAGGCACGACUUCAACGCCAACCAAAUCUCAAGGAGGAAGAGGCUCUGCGUCGGUUUGGAAACAGACUACACAGCCUGAGAGGGAGAAAGAUGCAGAUGGUGCGCAUUCGCAGACCACUGAAAUAGGUCUAGCGAUGCCAGUUAUACCCAUCACAACAUCAACUGCCGAAAAUCGCCUGUCCUUGAAUCUAUCUGGUGUUGGAGAAUUGUUACCCAGGAUUGCAGAAGAAAAAGAUUCACCAACAGGUAGCCAAGAAACUAAGAUCGAAAAGGUCCUCAAAAUUACCGAACCACCUUGCAAAAAACCUGCUCUUCAGAAGGUAGAUACGUCAGGGGAAUAUGAAACCAAGAGUGUUUCAGAAACAGUCAAAUUUUUUGAUCGCGAGAGAAGGGCCAGAAACGAAACAAAACAUGUACCGGAGCAAAGCAAAAGUCUUGAUACAAAAUGUUCCACUGAAGCCCCUAAAAAAAGUGUUCAGCAAAGUGAUAAAACAACUGCCAGUGGAAUGAAAUCAACUAACGAAUCAAGUACUACUGUUAAAAAAGAAGCUGUUAACGAAGUAAACAUAAAAAUCGAUAAAAAUGAUGUUAAACUUUCGAAUGAAUUAGCUAACAAAGCGACUGAUAAACAAAAGACAAAAAAUGAAUGCCCUGUUGAUGCGAAGACUGUUCCAGAAACUACUCAGUAUGUCAGUGAUAAACAAAAAGCCGAGAAAGAUAGAAAAGACAAAGAUAAGAAUGAAAAGAAAAAAGACAAAAGUUCAGCUGGUGUAACUUCUAUUGUCGAAACCAAGGGCGACACUAAAAAUAAGUAAUUUUUUUCAUAUGACAGCAGCUUUUGAGGGAAUAAUCAGUCUUAGGAAAUCAAAAUUUUGUUAGAUAUUUUUCCUAACACUCUAGAUGACAUUGCUGAUGUGUCUUGAAUUAGAGCAAUUUUAGACUGCAUUAGAAGUAGAUUACGUAGAUAGCAGUUUGCUUUACUCCCAAAAUUAGACAAAAACUAUGAUUCUUUGAAUUAGUCUGUUUUGUCUUUUAGCGAUUUUCGAAAUAUGAUUUCAAGGGACGCCACUGAAAAACAGGUUUUCUUAAAUAAUUUGAACAAUGAGAUAUUGUUAGUAUUCAACUGCUCAGUUGCUAUCUAAGAUGAUCGAAUUUUCAGUGACGAUAAACUAAACAGUAUUUCGAAAAUAGAAAUGCCUUAGAAUAAUCCACUACUUGAAUUUUCACCCCACGUUUUGAAAACCUAAUGUAGAACACAAGUAGUUCAUAUUUUAGUCACUGACUCAGAAAUUACUCUGAUUAUUCCCGAAAAAAUGCUUCAGCGUGAAACGGACUGAUAUUGCAAUGGCUGAUUAUGUGAAAAUUGAUGCUUGAACUAUGUGGUUUAUGCAGAAUGCAACACGUUGAGUUUAUUUUGUUUAUUAUUACGCUGUCUUCUCCAGUAUUCUUUCGAGAUUUUGGAGACUGGCACGUAUCUUGAAAAGUGACAUUGUCAUUUUUUUAUAUUAUAUAGGUUUUUGUGACAUUAUGUAUGUUUUUCUACAAGGUGUCAACUCAGAACUAGCUGUUGUGCACUGUUGUAUGGCAUUAUUGGAGGUCUAAAACGUCUGAACUAUUUAAAUGCACAAAUUUCGUUGAUGUGAUCAACCUAAAAUUUGACUUUUGGUUUCCAACAUUCCGUGUAUCCAUUACUUUUGAUAACAAAACUACGGAAUACUGAUCUUAUUUUAUUCUAAAAUUGCUAUAAAAAUGUUUGUUAUUCUCAGAAUUUGUCUGACGGCUUGAGUUCAAUGUGUACGAGAAAGAAGUAUGUGUAGACACAUAUGUUAGAAAGAGAUAGAAGCCGCCUACAUAGCGAAACCCAUCACCGCGUUGCCUAGCAACGCUGACGCGGCAAUGCCGCAGCGUUGACAAUAUGUUGCACCGGUUCCUUCAAUUAAGAUGAUUAAGAUUCUUUACGCUCUCGCUAAAUGUAACAGUAACUCAGAAUAUGUUGGUUUUAUCGCCAUUUGUGGAAAUCAAUGAUAAUUCUAAAAUAAAUUAAAACACUUAGUUGCAUCAAAAUUGAAAUAAAUAAUUCUAAUCAAAAUAAAAAUAAAAUAUUAAAUUGAAUGUUCGAAUAGACCUCCUUCUUGGGUUUGACAGUAACCUAACCUAUUGUAGCAGUCUGUGCGAACAUUUUCUAGUGUAGCAUACAAAGGUAGUAUAAAAGUUUUGCAAUACAGCUUUAUUUAUAGACUUCGUUCAAAACUUUGUAUGCAAAGCGGCAGAUUGCACCACCUUCUGCUCAACCAUUGUUAGACAAUGUGGUGAUGACUGUCGCUCUUCAGCCUGCUUCUAUCUCUUUCUAACAUUUGUUGGUACACACUUCUCGCGUUUCUCUCUCGUACACGUUGAAAUCAGGCCGUCAUACAAAUUUUGUUUUCUCUGUAUAUGAUGUGUAUUUAUGCUACACGUGUUGCACUUUUUACGUGUUGUUUUUUGAAGAAGUCAAUUGAAGCCGUAUCUCAAUUUGUUGUUCAUAGUCGUAAGUUUAUUUCUUAUGGAAAUUAUCACUCUAUAAACUGCGAGUUGGUAUAUCAGUUGAUACUCGAUACUAGAAGACUUAACAGCUUUUGGUUGCAGGUCUUUUCUUUCUAGUGCUUUUAUAACUCAUGGGAUUAGGCAAUUUUAUGUUUUUCGGAACAUGUCAAAUUUGUAAUAAUAAAAAUUUAUAUUUUACUCUAGAAUGCUCCUUAUUGGGGCUAGAUCUGCCCGAUUUAUUAUGAAAACAGUACUUUCAUUCUUUUGAAGUUUGAAGUUUCCAUCAGAAAUAUAUAAUUGUCCAUGUGAAAUUGGUUGAAUGUCAAACGUCCUCAUUUAUUGCGGCGUGUAAGUUAAGAAAUAUGAUAUUGAAUCAAUCACAACACUGUUUGAGUAUAAUAGCAUUGAUUAACGUAUUCUGCCUAAAGGAUAGUCAACUAUAUACUGUAAUUCAGCGUCCAAAAAAUUAUUCAAGGUGAAAUGCAAAAGAAGUUGCAGAAAAUUUCUCUUCGAUGAAUUGUAGUGUUUACUAUAUAUUCCUUUUUAUAUUCUAUAUAUUUUUUUGUUAAAUCUGCCAAAAAUGAUUUGACCUUUUCCGUUAAAUUAUAUCUUUUUAUACAUAUUUUUUUUUGGCGCUUGUAAUUAUUUUUAAUAUUAACUUAUAUAAAUUGGUUAAGAACUCCUCUGUUGUAAUUUUGUUUGUUGGGCUAGUACUUUGAUCAGCUUGUCUGUUUUUUACUGGUCCCUUUUGCAGGGAAUUGAUGUUGUUUCUUCAUUUUUUCUUUGUAUUUUUUAUAUAUAAACGCUAUCAUUAUUAUUAUUAUUAUUAUAUUCUGGCGUCCUGUAUGAGAAUUGGUCACAGCUAUCGUUCUCCUCUCUGCAGUAACUAGGAAUCUACUUUGAAGGGGUUAUAUGAGCAUAAUCGGCUAUAUUCAGGUAGAAUAUGAUAAUCACUAGUAAUAGUCAUCAUCCCUUCCCACAUUUUUAAUAUUGUUGUUGAUGUAUUUUUUGAAAUCUUACAAAAGCCUCUUUAUGUCAACGUGUCACCAAUCUAUAAGAAAUUAUAUAUUCAUGUCUAAAAGUAUUAAAUGGUAAUCUUAUAUAUCUAAAGGGUGGUCCAUAUUGAAUGUGCCAAAAAUUAAGUCAUGGAUUGAACUAGUGAAAUAAUAUUUAACCAAAUAAGCCUCAUUAAUAUGUUGCUAGCAUGUAACAGUUUUUUUGUAUUUCUCACUAUUCUGAGAUUCCCAACUUUCAUGUUGAUGUGAGAUACAGUUUAAGCCAGAAUUUCGAGAGUUAAACUUCACCACUCUUCAUGUCAUUAAUGAGUAUUAUUUUAUCAAGGCAUAUAUUUAUUAUCACAAUUUAAUCCAAUCCUUUUUGGCGCAUUUAUUAUACCCUACCGUGUGUCUAUUUUGCUCUUCUAUUAAGUUACUUAAAUUUCGAUUGUGAAGAAUUAUUUUGAAUUAAUUUGUUCAUAUUUCAGACAUUUUAUGUGUAGUUUAUUUUAAAAUGGUGUUUUUUUACAGAUAUUGUAAACCUACAGUAUAACUACUAUAUCUGUAGAUCAAAAGCUUCUCAUGCAAUUUAACAGAAUGUACUUAUUUUCUUGCUAUAAAGAAGUAACAAUAUUUGAUUUAAAAGUCUGUAAAU